UUAUAUAGUUAUAUCUUGAAAUGGAUGGAGUACUUCAGCUUCAGGUCUGUUUUCUGUCCCGUGGUCAUAAGUUCAUAACUCAUAGAAGAGAUAGUUCGAAAAUUUGUCACAAGUAAUUAUCUAUGAAGUUGAAGUAUUUGUUUCUCGUAGAGAAUCAGUGAUUGAUAAACAAAAGACAAAAUAAAAAAAAAAGAGUGAAAGUGUUCAUAAAUGAAGAUGAUUGUGAGAGAGAUGAUGUUGCGGAGCCAAAUUGCUGCAAUUGAACUUGUUCAUCAUCAAUCUGGUAUUGCUUCCAAUUUCCAAUUUUUAUUUUCUUGUCGAAAUUAUACACGUAGAGCAACAAAUUAUGUUGAUGUUGAUGACCGUCAAUUGUUCCUAAAAUCUGUGAGACAUGAAUGCAAAUUAGGGUUUCACAAGAUUAAUCAUCCCCUUUCUCUGUUUGAUGCUAUGAUAUCUUUGAGUCCUCUUCCUUGUAUAAUUGAUUUCAAUCAGCUUUUAAGUGCAAUGUGUAAGAUUAAACCCCACCCCCCUUUCUCCAUUGUUAUCUCUCUCUUUAGGCAGCUUCAGCUGUCCGGCAUCUCACCCAAUAUUUAUUCCCUCAACAUCUGUGCCAAUUGUUACUGCCGCUCUGGUCGUGUUGAUUUCGGGUUUUCUGUUCUCGCCAAGCUGUUUAAGAUGGGACAUCAACCUGAUAUUGUCACUUUCACUACAUUGAUUAAUGGGCUUAUUCAUUUUGAUCGACUGGACGAAGCUGUUCAAUUGCUCGAUAAGACCAUCAAGCUUGGCUUCCGACCUGACAUCUUGACCUACGGGACUAUGUUUAAAGGUCUCUGCAAACGAGGAAACAAUGUUGGUGCUCUUAAGUUGCUUCGCACUAUGGAAUCCCAUGGCCAUUACCUGCCUGAUGUUGUCAUAUAUAAUACCAUCAUUGAUAGUCUCUGCAAAGACCAGCUUUUACCUCAAGCUGUCCAACUCUUUGAGGAGAUGAAAAGAAAGCGCAUUUCCCCCACAGUCAUCACUUAUAGUACGUUAAUUCGUGGUAUGUGCACUGUGGGGAAGUGGAAAGAUGCUCAAGAGAUGUUGACUCAGAUGUUGGACAACAGCAUAGUUGUUGAUGUGGAGACCUACACCAUGUUGAUUGACAUGUAUUGUAAAGAAGGGAUGGUUGCUGAAGCAAGGGCUAUAUUUGAUUCCAUGAUUGACAGUGGUCAGGUUCCAGAUAUUAUCACUUAUAGUGCUUUAGUGGAUGGAUAUUGCUUACACGGUGAGAUGGAAGAGGCUGAAAAGGUAAUGGAUUUGAUGGUAAAACAUGACUGCAAACCUAAUGUGGUUACUUUUAACAGCUUAAUCAAUGGAUAUUCAAAGGCUAAAAAGGUUGACAAAGCUGUGCAUCUUUUCCAAGAAAUGCCACAUAAAGGACUUACUCCUAAUGUUGUCACAUAUAACACUCUAAUUGAUCACUGUCUGAAGGACAAUCAAGUACAUUUUGCACGCAAGCUCUUUAAAGAUAUGGAAUCUCAUGGCUUAAAACCAAAUGUAGUCACUUAUAAUUCGUUGAUUCAUGGUCUAUGUCAAAAUGCACUGAUUGACGAUGCAUUACACAUGUUUAAUCACAUGAAGAGGAGUGGUGUGCUCCCCAAUAAUUUCACGUACACUAUCUUUAUUGAUGGCUUUUGUGAAGCUGGCCGACUUGAAGAGGCUGUGAAUAUCUUCUCCUUUCUUGUAGCUAAGGGGUUACCCCUAGAUGUGCAUACCUACACUGCAAUGAUCAAAGGGUUUUGUAAGAAAUGGCUACUAACUGAUGCUAACGAGCUACUAAAGAAAAUGGAAGAUGAUGGAUGUCCUCCAGAUGGGUGCACCUACAAUACAAUUAUUAGGGGAUUCCUUCAUGGUCAUGAUGUGAAAAAGGCGUUGGAGCUUGUCAGCAUUAUGACCAGCAAAGGUUUUGCAGCUGACACUGAGACUACUUCGUUUUUCUUUCACUUACUCAAUGAUCCUAGGAUUAGUGAAGAAAACAAGGCCUUGCUUCGAAAGUUCUUCGAAAGUUGAGGUUACCUCAAAAAAUUUACAAAAAGAAAAGAAUCAUGUACUUGUAAACAUGGACGUCACACGUCGUCUGCGGUCCUAUUCCCGAUUCUUAGGUACGCUACUGGUGUUAACUUUUAAAACUAGUGCUUCAUGAAAGAAUACGUCGAAUAUCACAAUGCUGUAUUGUUCAAACAAAUAAAAGAUAAUAAGUAUGAAUCUAGCAUUUAAUCUUUGUAGUUUGUAUCAAAAGUGUAGAUAUAGCUUUAACAUCAGUACAGUUUAUUAGUAGGUGUAUCCCUUGACAAACAUUCCCUUUUGUGCUUCUUCACUUUCGCCUUCGGCAGAGUAGCUACCAAGUUGUGCAUGAGAAUUUGCCUUGGCACGAGCCAAAAGACCCUUCUGAGCUGCUUCUACAUUCCAAGGACGCCCUUGCCAUGUCUUAAGCACGCUGUUCUGUAAAGCACGAGCGUAUGAGAAAGAGACAUGCCAUGGAUUAGGGCUCUGAUUCAUAGCAUUAAGGUUCAAGGUGGCUUCCACUUCUGACUGUCCUCCAGACAAAAACUAUAGAGCAGGCAAAACAUCCUCUUGUUAGUCUUGGAACUUAAAAAUGAAAGAAUGCAAAAAAUUCAAGUUUGAAAGAAAUGUUAAUAGAAUUCUUUGACAAAUAGCCACCUCUCCAUAGAAUACACUAUUCGGAUAUUACCAAAUACCACUGAGUGGUCUAGCAAUAUGUUUUUUGGUCGAACCAGUAACCACUUAACUUUUUACCUUUCUUUCUUAACAUUUGAGUAUUCUACUAAGAUUUUUGUAGAUUAAUAUAUCUUUUAUGCCUAAUUUUCCCCUUUUUUUUGUUUAACUAAUUGAUGGUCUCAUCGUUUUUUUUUUGUCAUUACCAAUCCUCUCCUGGGACAUAGGGAUCUCGGACUUUGCGAUUUUCAAAAUUACGAAAAGAAGGCCCUGAAGAAACAUACCAUGAUUCCAGGGACAGCAGGAGGUACUCGUCUCGUAAGCAUUUGAAGGGUAAAUUUGGUGAUAGUCUCAGGAGAAGCCUUCUCUUUGUAAUCAGCUCCUGGUGUUACCAUGCUUGGCUUAAGAAGAAUUCCUUCAAGUAGAACAUUGUUUUCAGCCAAAUAGUAGAAGACUUCCGCCCAAACCCGCUCUGCUACUUCAAGGGUUUUCUCAAUUGGAUGGUCACCAUCAAGAAGGAUCUCUGGUUCUACUAUGGGCACAAGACCAUUGUCCUAAGACAGAUUUAUCAUACAUCCAAUUCAAACACUUACACAUAUCUGUAUGAUAAUUGAUAAGCAAGCAGUAGUGAUGAUUAACAUCAAAACGGUAAUUAUCUAAAGAUGCAGGUGGUGAUGAUCACCUCGCAGCUCGGGGUAUGCUAAUAAUACUCAAAAUUAACUAUUCUUUUUGUUCUACAAUGAUUUACUCAGAGGUAGCAUUUCAGAUUCUCAGUAUGUGUACCUUUGUUCUAGUCAGGUGUCAUAUUCCCUUUUUUUUUCAUUGUACUUCUAUACAUGUACAUGAUUUUUCGUAAGGUAUAAUUUAUGUUAUAAUGUAAACAAUGAACAUACAAGUGUAAUGUAAAGAAAUUAAUACCAGAAAUAUGAUGCGAAUCAUGCUUCAGGACA